UGCAUUCUGUCUUCUGCCUUCAUUCUCUCACACACACACACACACACACACUCUCUUUCACGCCCGUUUUCACACACACACACACGCUCAUUCCUCCAGCUUUCUGCAGCCAUCAUGGCCGAGGCGUUCGUGGGCACAUGGAACCUGAAAAACAGCGACAACUUUGACGAGUACAUGAAGCAACUGGGUGUGGGCUUCCCCACCCGCAAGCUGGGGAACCUGACCAAGCCCACCACCAUCAUCUCGGUGGAGGGCGACACGGUGACCGUCAAGACGCAGAGCAACAUUAAGAACACGGAGCUCUCCUUCAAGUUGGGAGAGGAGUUCGACGAGACCACCGCCGACAGCAGGAAGGUCAAGUCGGUGGUGACAAUAGACGAUGGCAAGAUGGUGCACAUCCAGCGCUGGGAUGGCAAGGAGACCAGCCUGGUGCGUGAAGUGAACGGCAACGCCCUCACACUGACGCUGACGUUGGGCACCGUGGUUUGCACACGCAACUAUGAGAGGGCGGAGUGAAGACCCCCCCCAGCCCCCCCAAAACAAAAAACAUACUUGCAUCCACAGAGCCCCAAAACCUCAACGAGUCAGCUCACGUUUCCUACAUCUAUUGGAAGUCAGUAUUAUUUACACUACCUGUGGAACCCCGCCCAUCCCCCCGCCCCACUUUUGAGAACCUCUCCUGGUAAAAACACUGAAAAUAUUCCAAUGGGCUGUUGUCGUUUUUCUUUGGAGUAGCCCAAUUUUUGUUGGUUUUUUUCCCCCCCAAUGUGUUGCAUGAAGUCCACUUGAAAACCUGCAAAUGUUGUUGUCAACUGAAACAUUCGGGAGUCAUUAAAAGAAUCCCGAACUGACGCCAAA